AGCAAAAGAUAGACGUUAACUUCAUCGCAUUCGCAUUCGCAUUCGCAUUCGCAUGGAUGGAAUGGUGGGACCUAUACGGCUAUACCAACCAAGCAUGAAUGAAACCAAAUAUUGGAGAUGGAGAGCUUUUCAGUUUUCAAUCCUACCAGGUGUGCUCUCAAAUUUCAGUGAUAUUAACACCAAUGACCAAUGAACGCCCCCACAAGAGCCAAGAGGGUUUUUCUUUUCUUUUUUUGCACUUCUCACCAUUCUCUCUCUCUCUUCCCGAAGUCGUCCGAAUAUCCUUCCACUUCCUGGUCUACCCUGGCAACAACAUGGACCCAUAACUUGCGAUUCAAAUUAAAGUGAGUGUUCUUUAGGGUCAUUACUUUCCAAGGAAGAGCAGAGAAGAAGAAGAAGAAGAAGAAGAAGAAGAAGAGAAGGAGAAGAGUUUACACAAAGAUUCUGAAUUCCAUUCUGCUAAACCAUGGGGGAAUCAGCUUGUCUCAUGCAAUCCUUCUCUCACGCGACUAACACCUCUUCCAAUGAAGCCAAACAGGGGAACCCCAUAUAUGCGCUUGGAGAAUCAAUCUCGUUCGGAAGGUUCAUGUCAGAGUCCUUGGAUUGGGAGAAAUGGUCAUCGUUCUCUCACAACCGGUACUUAGAAGAGGUGGAGAAAUACUCUAAGCCUGGUUCCGUAGCUCAGAAGAGGGCGUAUUUUGAAGCCCGUUAUAAGAGAAUCGCUGCCAAGAAGGAAACCGCAUUGCUUGAGCAGGCAAAUGCUACAGCUAACAACAUUCCCCAACCAGAUACUGAGGAUGGAAAUCAACAAAUUGCGGCUCUGGAUACAGAACUGGCAAGAUCUAAUAGCCAUAUGGCCCAUGAUGAGCCACAGGAAGUUGACGGUCCCAAUAGUGACAAAGAUUCCACCAUUGAUCCAAAUGGAUGCAAUUCUAUUGUUGAAAGAGGUGAGCUGGAAACUUCUAACGAGGAACUAGUAGAUAAAGUAAUAGAAGACCAGGCUGUUGAGGAGAAUCAGAUGGUUGUCAGUUCAACAAAUAAACUUGGAGAUGCUGUCAACCACAAUGAAAUCACUGAGGUAGAGACUAGUAAAACCAUUCAAGUGGACAAGUCACCUGUAGAGAUGUUCCAGGAGAUUUCCACCGUUAGUCAGCAGACAUUAUCUUCAGAAACCAAGAAGAAACCCAGUUUUUCUUCCUCAAAAUCAUCAUUUAUCAGUAAAGCAUCUAAGGUUCCAUCUCCCCCUUUGAAAUAUAUAACUCCUGUGCAUUCAAGAAAGGAGAUUAGCACCACUCCAAACAGUAAGAACUCUGCAAGAGACUUGGUAGAUAAGAAGCGAUCAACUCCAAAAUCACUUCAUAUGUCAAUCAAUUUGGCCCCAUCUCCUGCCGGUGAAAUUAAAAAGUCUUCUCCAGUUCCCCAAAUGAUAGGAAAUUCAAGAUUGACAGGAAAUUCAUCAAAAACAGCUAAACACCGCUCAGUUCCUCUAAGUACUCCAACUAGGGCUUCUACAAAUGGGCUACCAAAAGUUUCUUCAACAACCUCUGAAUUAGAAAAUAAAAGGAGUAAAAGAGCAAUAGAUCAUAUUGUCUCUACAGCCAGAAAAGCUAACGCACUUACAGAAUCCCUCCCUGUUGGCCAUUCAAAAUCUUUGAGGGCCUCUGGGAACAUAAGACGGCCCUCAAUUGUAUCUUCUCCUUUUACCUUAAGGAGUGAUGAAAGAGCUGCAAAAAGGAAGGAGAAGUUGGAGGAGAGAUUCAAUGCCAAUGAGGCACAAAAGGAAAAAGCUGAAACAGAACUUAGAAAGCUGCACCAGAGCCUCAGCUUCAAGGCCAAACCAAUGCCAGAUUUUCGUCGGGAGACAGAACUACCAAAGUGUCAGAUAAAGAAGAUUCCGUUGACACGCCCUCGAUCACCAAAGCUUGGAAGGAAGCCAAACUCUGAUGCAGUCCAGGAGAUGAGUUCUAUCCCUCCUCGAAGGCCUCCAGUCAAGAAUGAUAACACCAAUUACUUUAAGGGAAAGAGCACCCGAUCCCUAGCUCGUUCUGUUAGUUCACUACCUAAGAAGAAUACCCAUGAGAAUGCUUCUCCAAAUAUCCAGCAUUGACUAGUAAGAGGAAGUUUUGAUGCAUUGAUUGAUUUGGGACAAGAAGAGCAUUAUUGAUUUGUGGUGAGCAGAAAAGCACCAUAGAAGAGAUCCAUAAAAAAGGAGCACAAUUGAAGAGCGUUAAUCUCUAAUGGUAACAUUUGUUAAGCUACUGUUUAGGAGAUUUAAGUUCAAUACAGUAGCUGCCAGAGUGGAUUAUUAUCAUGGUGGAGGUUACCAAUGGAAAUUCAAAAUCUAUAUUAGUUGCUUUCUCCAUCAAUUUGAAGUGAGUUUUGUCUUGGCUCUUCCUUUCUAUUUGUUUCUUAAUGGAAUGUAUUAUAUUAGAAUUUUUUUUUGGGUCAAGACUCAUGGUGUUCUUGAGAUGAACUAAAAGAAAGCUCAGAGAUAUCAUGUAUUUGGCUUGUUACCUAUAAAUAAUUCCAAUCUCAAAAUGUCUUUGAGUGCUUUACAAGUACA